CAGCCGAGGGGUCGUCUUCUUCUCUCGAGUAUGGACGCGAGUUUCAUUCUUCCACAUGCAUGGGACUAAACGACGGGACUUUACAGAUGAACUUACACGUUCCAAUGUAGAUCCGAGCCGCAGCUCAGCCCUCGCACCAACAGUCCUCCUCACGUAUGAGGAAUGCCAGCUCCUGAGCAGAGCCCAGUGACGGAGGAGGGGCUUCUGCUGACCAUCCGCGACAGCCCAACUGGCCGCAACAUGCAGGCCGAUAACACCGCCAACAACAUCCUGGCAUCCGUCAAAGAACAGGAGCUUCAGUUUGAGCGGCUAACCAGGGAGCUGGAAGUGGAGAGGCAGAUUGUGGCCAAUCAGCUGGAAAGAUGCAGACUCGGGGCCGAGUCACCAGGCGCUGGUAGCAGCAGCUCGUCUGAGAAGUCCCUGCCUUGGAGAACUGCAGAUGCCUCCACCUCAGGGGACACCAAGUCUCGGGUGACUGACAGCUCCCAGUCGCCCAGCUAUCGCAUCAGGGCUGAGUCAGAGCAGGUGUCUCUGUACUCCCCGGAGCAGUCCUCCCUUCAUGAAAGUGAGGGGUCCGCAGGGAAUUCGUGUAGCUCAACUCAGAUGAAUUCUUACUCGGACAGUGGCUAUCAGGAUGCCAGCAGCGGCUACCUCAGCAGUCAGAACCUGGGAAAGGCUGAGCUGAGGAUGCAGCACUCCUUCCCCGGUGCUGGCACUGGCACACUGAUGAGGAAUGCCAAGGCUGAGGGCCAGGCUUCAGCCCAGGUUCAUGCGGUCACAACAGCAGUGCCUGGCCGUGCUAUGCGAAGGGUAAGCUCAGUGCCUUCUCGCUCUCACUCGCCAGCCUACGCCAGCAGUAUGUCCCCCUCCCGCGGCUCUCUGCGUACCUCAGUUGGCAGUGCCUACGGCUCACCCAUUGUAACGGAACCUAAACCCCUCUCCAGCAUCUACUCUACAACUUUGCCCUCGACCCAGCGCUCCAGUGCUACUGGCGGCGGUGGUUCACCCUACUCCACCCAGAAAAACUCCCCCGCUGCACUGCGACGAAUGGGCUCCACAAACUCACGAUCUGGUAGCGCUAGCCGCACCACAUCACCCUACCAGGCCUCUGCAGGGUCAGGCCGCAUGGGUUCACCUCUAACAAUGGUGGACAACGUCAACCCUCCACUGACUAAGCAGCCAACUCACUCAUCGUCUCCAGUCAGGGCUAGCAUGACUGCUGUGCCCCAGCACUACAGCUCCACUCUGCCCCGCUCCAUACUCCACAACACUGACCCCUACGGACCCCAGAGUUACGACAUUUAUGAGAGGAUGACACGACCUGACAGCCUCGCAGAUGCCCUCGUUGAUGGUGACGUUCAAGGAAUGCGGAGCUCAUAUGCCAGUCAACACAGCCAGCUGGGCCAGGACUUAAGGUCAACCAUGUCCCCAGACCGUCACAUUGCACCGAUCUACGAGGAUCGGACGUUCCAAGGUCCAUUGUACCGCAGCCCCAGCCACACCCAGCAGAGCACCCUCUACAGGAGCACCUCAGGUGUGGGGAGUCUGCAAAGGACAUCCAGCCAGCGCAGUGGCAUGACCUACCAAAGAAACAACUAUGCUCUUAACACCGCAGCCACGUAUUCUGAUCCGUAUCGUUCAGCACAGUACCGUCCCUCUGAUCCCAACUACGCUCGCCAAGCUGUCAUGGAUGAUGUUGCCACACGUUCCCCUUCCAUAGACAGCAUUCAGAAGGAUCCCAGAGAGUUUGCGUGGCGUGACCCGGAGCUGACGGAGGUAAUUCACAUGCUGCAGCACCACUUUCCCUCGGUGCAGGCCAACGCAGCUGCCUACCUGCAGCACCUGUGCUUUGGUGAUAAUCGAAUCAAGAGUGAGGUGUGUCGACUAGGAGGAAUUAAACACCUUGUGGACCUGCUGGACCACAAAGUUCUUGAGGUCCAGAGGAACUCUUGUGGAGCGCUGAGGAAUCUUGUUUAUGGGAAAGCUAUGGACGACAACAAGAUUGCUGUUCGUAACGCAGGAGGUAUCCCGGCACUGCUCCGCCUACUGAGAAAGACUGUAGAUGCAGAAGUGCGGGAGCUUGUCACAGGGGUGCUGUGGAACCUGUCGUCAUGUGACGCUGUCAAGAUGACAAUCAUUCGGGACGCCUUAACAACUCUGACCAACACUGUGAUCAUCCCUCAUUCCGGAUGGAGCAGCACCACCUUUGACGAUGACCACAAGCUGAAGUUUCACUCUUCCCUGGUGCUGAGAAACACUACAGGCUGUCUGAGGAACCUGAGCUCAGCUGGUGAGGAGGCCAGAAAACAGAUGCGCACUUGUGAGGGCCUCGUUGACUCACUGCUCUACGUCAUCAAAGCCUGUGUAAACACCUCUGAUUUCGACAGCAAGAUUGUGGAGAAUUGUAUUUGCACUCUAAGGAACCUGUCAUAUCGUCUGGAGCUGGAGAUGAUGCCGUCCCGACUGAUAGGGGGGCAGGAGCUGGACGGCUUACUGGGCAGAGAGUCUCCCAGCAAAGAGGUGGACUCCAGCUGCUGGGGCAGAAAGAAAAAGAAGAAAAAAAACAGCUUGCAGGAAGACACAUGGGACGGUGUGGGGCCCAUCCCAGGCUUCUCCAAGUCUCCCAAGGGGGCAGAAAUGUUAUGGCAUCCUUCGGUGGUUAAGCCUUACUUGACACUGCUGGCUGAGAGCUCAAAUCCCGCCACUCUGGAGGGCGCCGCCGGGUCCCUUCAGAACCUGUCAGCAGGCAACUGGAAGUUUGCAGCAUACAUUCGUGCAGCAGUGCGUAAGGAGAAAGGACUGCCCAUCCUGGUGGAGCUGCUGCGGAUGGAUAACGACAGGGUGGUGUGUUCGGUCGCCACUGCUCUGAGGAACAUGGCACUGGAUGUCAGGAACAAGGAGCUUAUAGGGAAGUACGCAAUGAGGGACCUGGUCAACCGUCUCCCCGGGGGAAACACCACCCUGCUGUCGGACGAGACUGUGGCAGCCAUCUGUUGCACUCUGCACGAGGUCACCAGCAAAAACAUGGAGAAUGCCAAGGCCCUGGCCGACACGGGCGGCAUCGAGAAGCUGGUCAACAUCACCAAGGGCAGAGGAGACAGGUACUCUAUGAAGGUGGUUAAAGCAGCUGCUCAGGUGCUGAACACACUGUGGCAGUACAGGGAUCUGCGUACCAUCUACAAAAAAGACGGAUGGAACCAAAACCAUUUCCUCACUCCGGUGUCGACACUUGAACGGGACAGGUUUAAGUCCCAGCCCACCCUCCCCACCAGCACCAUUCAGAUGUCUCCAGUCAACCACCCUGCUGCCAGUGCCACGUCGUCUCCUGCAAUGCUGGGCAUCAAAGAGCAUAGAGACACUAUCAGAGAUUAUCAGAGAGCACAGUCAACUAUGCAAUUUUAUAAUUACCAAGGAGACAACAGUAUUCAUAAAAAGCAGUACACAGGAUCCGGAAAGCCGUCUCCAUAUUACUACACGUCACCCACAAGAGAGGAGCCCAGAAGAACACAGCCUGUGUAUUAUACAGAAGAGCCGAGCAGGAGGAACUACGAUACGUACAGAAUGUACCUGCAGCAUCCCCACAGCUACGACGACUCGUAUUUGGAGGUCAUCACCUACCCUCCCCCGGUCGACUACAGCUCCCAGCCUCAUGGACUGAAAUCCACCGCUAACUAUGUGGACCAUUACGCUAGCACACGGAGGCCUUCGUACAGGGCCGAGCAGUACCCCGGCUCUCCUGACUCCUGGGUAUAGAUCUGGAGAUGCUUCCGUGUUACGACCAAGAGCUUCUUUCAUCUCCGAUUCUCAUUUCGGGAUGCGACGAGGGGGCGUCUUCAGCCCGCGGCGGAGGCUAGGAGCCGGGGAGCACACAGGAAAGGACAGACUUUUUCAUGAACUUGGCUUUAUAAGUGUGUUUGUUUUAAAGUGGAUGUGUGUGUGUUUGGAGGGGAGUUCACCUGAGUGAUAACAGAUGGAAAAGAUGAGGAUGUGUGCCAAAGAAGGAAAUCAAGGAAUGUGUUUUUCAAAUAAUUUUUCAUUUAGUAGAGGAAGAUGGAAUCAUGCUUGGGUCUGUUGAGGGACUAUACUGGACACUACCGCGAGGAGACGUCGUCCUCUUCUGUCUAGAUGUUAGUUUUAUUUUCUUUCUGAAACUCUUAGCUGUGAUAGCAUGGUGAAAGGUGUGAGUCAUGUAAGCGAGGGUCUGUGGUAAGAGUCAAGAGGGGAGAACAUGUAUGUGCUGAAGCCAAAAUGGAUCAUGAACUCAUAUCUGUAAAAACAAAAUAAUAAAUAAAAAAUAGUUCACUAAUGUUAGAUUGUACAGAGGGAUCAAAUUGUAUCUGUACUUAAUGUUGAAGCUGUGUAAUGCCAUGGAGUCUUGUACAUUUCUUGCAUUUUAUUGUAAAUACAAAAAAAACAAACCUGUUACCUGGUUUACACUCAUCAGCACUGGUUAAAAAAGAAACUUGUGCCAUGUUAAAUCUCUGAAGAUAUAUAAAUAUACAAAGAAAUAUGUGGACAAAGAUGGCAUCGUAACACAACCAUGUUAACAUAAUAAAAGGUCAGUUUUGUUUUUUAAA